GAGCUGUCUCCUCCCUCCCAGGGAGAUGUCCCUGGCUGAAUCACCUGCCCCUUCCCCGGGGGCCUUCCCAAGUGUGGUUUGCCCUGUUUCACUCAGGGAAGGAGGGCCCAUGCUCUCCCCCACUGUGCCCCUCACAACUGAGGCUUGUUCACCAAACAGGCGUGGCCAAGUGACUCAGGCGACCGUAGGUGUGAAGCCCUCCCAGAGCUGGCUUCCUGGCUGUGGGGAACCCGACAGCCAAGGUUUCAGGCACAGACACUGGCUGAGUCCCCUCCGCCCACACAGCAUCUCCUCCUGGCCCCUCCCAGACGUGUGCACCUCCGCCAGAGCAGCCGGCUCUCACAGCGAUCCCCGGCUCCUUCAGCACCAUGGGCUGGCUGAGGCCCUGGGCCCGCUACUGGUUCCUGCUCGUGGCCCACCUGCUGGCCCUGGGCCUUGGGGCGCUGGUGCUGCAGGCGCUGGAGGGGCCACCAGCCCUGCGGCUGCAGACCAAGCUCAGGGCUGCACUGGCUGCCUUCCAGGCGGAACACAGGGCCUGCCUGCCACCAGGAGCCCUGGAGGAGCUGCUGGACACCGCCCUGAGAGCCCAGGCUCAUGGCGUCUCCAACCUGGGUGACGGCCCGGAGGCCAGCAGCUGGGACCUGCCCUCAGCCCUGCUCUUUGUCACCAGCAUCCUCACCACCACUGGUUAUGGCAGUCUGGCUCCCCUGUCCGCGGGUGGAAAGGUCUUCUGUGUGGUCUACGCCGCCCUGGGGCUGCCAGCCUGCCUAGCCCUGGCGGCUGCCCUGCGCCGGGGCCUGCUGCCCACACUCAACCGCCUGGGGGCCUGGGUGGUGGUCCCCUGGCAGCUGGCCCAGGCCAGGGCUGCACUUCUGCGGGCAGCUGCCCUGGGCCUGCUGGUGGUGACCACCUUCGUGCUGCUGCCGGCCGUGGUGCUGUGGGCAGUGCAGGGCGACUGCAGCCUGCUAGAGGCCGUGUACUUCUGCUUCAGCUCACUCAGCACCAUUGGCCUGGGGGACUUGCUGCCUGCUGGCGGCCGCAACCUGCACCCAGCCGUGUACCACCUAGGCCAGCUAGCACUCCUCGGUUACUUGCUCCUGGGGCUCCUGGCUAUGCUGCUGGCCGUGGAGACCUUCUUGGAACUGCCCCAGGUCCGGGCCAUGGUGGAGUUCUUUGCGUGCAGUGAUUCUCGGACGCUUGAAGACCAAGGCAGCAUCCUGGGCCAGGACGAACUGGCUCUGGGCACCCGGGCGGGCGCGGCCCCGCCAGCCUCAGUGCAGGCCCCAGCAUGCGGACAGGUGUCCCAGGACCAGGCAGCUCCUUGAAGGCGCUGGGGGGGCGGGGUCGGGCGUCAGUCCCAGGAGGAGGGAAUAAAACAGGCUAGGACUCAGAAGUGUUUUCGCAACUUCUUUGGAAAGGCGACUCCCCCAAGCCCGGCCUCGGCGGGUGUCUGCAAACCACCCAGCGGGCACAGCCGCGGCACCGCCCU